AUGGAGAAGGAUAACGUCGCCAAAACUGCUGGACAGUUUCAUGAUCCUAGCUCUGAUAGUGAUGGCCUCAAGCACGAGAUUAGCUCUCAGGGUCACAGCCAUGACUUCCAGACUGUUCAAGAGUCUGCUGACAACACAAACAUUUACUCCCAAGGCGGCAAGAACUUUCGCACCCUGAAGCGAUGGGACACCAUCUUUAUCCUGUUUGCCAAUCAGAUCGGCCUUGGUAUCUUGUCUCUCCCAUCAACACUCAAGACCCUCGGUCUCGUUCCCGGUAUCAUCGCCCUGAUUGGCAUUGGUGUCAUCUCAUGGUAUACAGCCUAUGAGUUGCUUCAAUACUACAGACUACACCCCCAGGUGCUGAACAUCGUCGACAUGACCCGCUUCGUCGGUGGAAGGACCCUGGAGAGCAUUGCCGGUGCCAUGAUGAUGAUCCAGGUCAUCUUCGUCGCAGCCUCAGCUAUGGUCACUCUCUCAAUUGCCCUCAACACAAUCAGCAGCCAUGCAGCUUGCACAGUCGUCUUCAUCUUCAUCUCUUGCGCAGCCUGCUACAUCUUUUGCAUCCCUCGUACCACCAAGUUUGUGUCGCAUCUUGGAAUCCCUAAUGCUCUUAGUGUUUUGGCUGCAUGCAUUCUAGUCAUGGUUGUUCUUGGUGUUCAGGGCCCCAAGGGCGUCGACAACAUGGCGGAGUGGAAGAGGGAGAUUGUAAUUGUUGGAAACCCUAGCUUCCGAGAUGGUCUCAAUGCUUGCUUGAAGAUUGUCUUUGCUUAUGCUGCCAACCUCAGCUUUGUUGGCUACCUCGCUGAGAUGACCAAUCCCCUCGAAGACUUCAAGUUCUGUCUGACUGUCCUUGAAUGCGGUUCCAUGACCAUGUAUGUCGUUUUCGCCGUCAUCUUUUACUGUCUCGGAGCCGAAUACACGACCUCUCCGAUUUUGGGAUCUACCUCGACAACCUUUGCAAAAGCUGCUUUCGGCAUCGCCCUCCCUGCCAUCUUCGCUACCGGCCUCGCUUAUGGUCACAUUGGAUCCAAGUACAUCUUUGUUAAUGUCAUGAGAUGGACUGGUAACCUCAACGAAGUCACCUCCAACUCUGUCAAGUCUUGGUCAACCUGGGUCGCUUCCGUUACUGGCUUCUGGAUUGUUGUCUUUAUUCUAUCCAAUGCUAUCCCUGUGUUUGACUCGAUCCUUUCUAUCACAUCUGCGACAACAAUCUCUUGGUUCACUUAUGGCUUUAGUGCCGUCUUUUGGUUUCACAUGAACCAGGGCCAAUACUUCCGCGACUGGAAGAAGAUCUCUUUGACAAUCGUCAAUGCGCUCCUCAUCAUCAUGUCACUUUUCAUGAACGCAGCUGGUCUGUGGGCAUCCAUCACUGAACUUCUCGACAUCUUCAACUCUGAUGGUGGCGUUCGUGGUGUUUUCUCUUGCGGAGAUAACUCUUAG